GAAAACUUAUACUGUUGCAGUUAACCUUCAAAGGCAGCUACACACUGACACUGAGGUUAGUGGGAGCUUGGAGGACAUUAACCCAAUAAUCCACAUCCUUCAGGGUCGACCACCCAAAAUCAGAAUGGAAACUCGAGGUGGAAAAACUCACACAUGUGGGACAAUUUGUCUGAAAUAUCUACUGUUUUUAUUCAAUAUUCUCUUUUGGCUGGCAGGAGGAGUCGUCCUAGCAGUGGGAGUGUGGACUCUGGUGGAAAAGAGCGACUACGUCAGUUUACUGAAUUCCAGCUUUUAUUCAGCCUCUGCUUACAUCCUGAUAGCAGCUGGGGUCAUCGUCAUAGUGACGGGGAUAAUCGGAUGCUGUGCCACUCUGAAGGAGAUGAAGAGUCUUUUGAUUGUGUAUUUGAUCUUGUUGCUCUGUAUUGUCCUGCUGGAAAUCAUUGCUGGUGUGCUGGCCUACAUAAAGUACCAAGAGUGUUUCCCUUUCUGCUACCAGCUGGACGAGGAGCUCAGACAGAAUCUGAAGGUGAACAUGCAGCAGAAAUACAAGCAGCCCGGGGAGGAGAGCGUCACACAGGCUGUGGACAAGCUUCAGCAGGAGUUCAUGUGCUGUGGCAGUGGAAACUUCUCUGACUGGAGAGACAGUGUGUGGAUCCAGGCUGCAGAUAAUGCAAGACUCGUUCCUGACAGCUGCUGUAAAACUCCCAGUGACCUCUGUGGUCUCAGGGACCAUCCAUCCAACAUCUACAAUGUGGAGGGAGGCUGCAUCAUGAAACUAGAAGACUUCAUCCUCAGUCAGUUGUAUAUUCUUGGUUCAGUGGGCAUUGGGAUUGCAUUUCUCCAGAUUUUUGGGAUGAUGUUUACUUGCUGCCUUUAUCAAAAUUUGAAAGAAGACCCAUACUGAUUUUUUUUUUAAUGUCACAAAAAUGUUUAGUGGAAAUGUGGAUGCCCCAAAAUUAUGUAUACAGUUGUGGGUGCUGUGAUAUUAUUGAUCCAAUUUGUGAAACUAUGAUCUUCAGAGUGCCAACAGUAGAAGUAUUAAUGCUGCUGGACAGCACUUGUUUUUAGUUUCUUAUGGACACUUUCAGCAUCAGACUUACUGUAAGAAAAUGUGUUUGGAUGGGGUAAAAAUAGUAUUAUUUUCAUUAUUUAAAGUAUAUGUAUAUUAAUGCGGGUCCCAUGUUCUAUGUAUACAUGUGUGUAAUGCAGUGAGCCCCAAGAUUAAAAACAUUUUUCUUUUUUUUUGAAGGAAAAUAAAAGUACACCUGCCACCCA